AGAGUCUCGCUCUGUCACCCAGGCUGGAGUGCAGUGGUGCGAUCUCAGCUCACUGCAAGCUCUCCCUCCCGGAUUCACGCCAUUCUCCUGCCUUAGCCUCCUGAGUAGCUAGGACUACAGGCGCCCACCACCACACCCAGCUAAUUUUUUUGUAUUUUUACUAGAGAUGGGGUUUCACCAUGUUAGCCAGGAUGAUCUCGAUCUCCUGACUUUGUGAUCCACCCGCCUCGGCCUUCCAAAGUGCUAGGAUUACAGGUGUGAGCCACCGCGCCCGGCCUUUUUCUUUUUUUGAGACAGAGUCUCGCUCUGUCACCAGACUGGAGCGCAGUGGCACAAUCUCUGCUCACUGUAACCCCGCCUCCCAGGCUCAAGCGAUCCUCGUGCCUCAGCCACCCGAGUAGCUGGGAUUACAGGCGCCCGCCACCACACCCGGCUAAUAUUUGUAUUUUUAGUAGAGACAAGGUUUCACCAUGUUUCCCAGGCUAGUCUUGAACUCCUGAGCUCAAGUGAUUCGCCCACCUUGGCCUCCCGAAGUGCUGGGAUUACAGGUGUGAGCCACCGUGCCCAGCCUAAUCUGGUGGAAUUUUAAGGAGAUGAGUACAGUGGGAAAACCAGCACGGGCUGGAGUGGAGACUAAAGGCGUGGUAGGCCCAUGAGUUACAGUGGUCUGGGAAAGCUCCCUAGAGGAGCUGACUCUGCGUGAGAUCUGGGGGAACCACAGGGAACCAGCCAUGGGAGGCCGUGGAGAAAGACUGGGAAGGUCUCAGGAGCAGAAAAGCAGUGUUGGGCUGGAAACCAAGCCCCAGCAGUCUUGGGAGACAUGGGCAGUGCCAGUCCCCAUGAGGACCCAGUCGAUGUGAGGGGUGAUGGCUGCAGAGGGCAAAAGGGGUGGGAGAGAGGGAGCCAGGAGCUGGCCUGAAGUGGGGGCAGGCUCUGGGCAAGAAAGCCCGGUGGCUCCCAGUACAGUGGGGUGCUGGGGAGAGUGGGUGGGGGUACAUGGAUUCAAGGCACAUUUUGGAAAUAGAAUGGACAGAGUUUGCUGAAGGCUUGAAUGUGAAGGGUGAGAAAUAAGAAAAUUCAAAAUGACCCUUAGCUUUUUGGCCGAACUGCCAUUUCCUGAGAUAUGGAAGCUGAGAGGAGACACAGGUUCAGCCAUUGGUAAUUGGGAAGUGGAGGUUACUUCCCAACACUAGGUUUUAGUGGGGUUUUUUGUUUUUUUCUUUUCAUUUGAAAUUCCAGGCUUGCAAAAAUAAUACAAAGAACUCCCAUUUACAGGUACCCCAGCUUCCCUAAAUGUUAACAUUUUAACCACAGAAGGAUCAAACACAGGAAAUGAAUAUUGACAUAAAUACUGCUAAUUAAUCUGCAGAGCUUAUUGAAGUUCUGUCAGUUGUCCUAAAGUCCUUGUCCUGGAGCAGGAACCAAUCCAAGAUGGCACUAACGUGACCUCGUGCUCCUGUCUCCUUACUCCCCACCAGCCUGUGACAGUCCUCAGUGUUUCCUCAUCACCUCUGAAGAGCUGAGGCCAGUUAUUCUGUAGAAUCUCACUCACUUUGGAUUUGUCUGGUGGCCCCAGGGUUUGGGAACUUGCAGGCCCCCAGGCCUCAGCCGCCUGAGCAGGAGGGUUUCCGUGGAGCAGAGGGGUGGGAGCCCGACAGGAGUGAGCUGAAGUACAGGGGAGAUGGUGGGUGUGGGCAACACCCAGGGAACAGAGAAAGGGACCCAAGCUGGGGGGCGAUACGGGGUCCAGGGAAGCUCAGACAAGGGCCACGUGUGCUCGGGUUGAAGGGAGUGAGGAUUGUCAGAAAGGAGCAGUGGGGGAAGGAGGGCUCUGCCACAUCCUGGUUCUCUUUUCAUCAGCUGUGGUGGGGAGAGGGACAGGUCCUGGGACAGGAGGAGGAGAUGAAUGGCCCUGCUUGCAGAUGGAACAGGAGGAGGAGAUGAAUGGUCCUGCUUGCAGAUGGAAGCCCCAGAGGAGACUGUAGGAGGGUUGGGGUGGGGAGGGAGGAGCUGUGAGGGAUGGCUGAUGGGAAGCAGGGGAACUCACCCUCUGCAAGCAGCUGGAGGUCCGUGGGGGUGGGGGGGGGCAUGGCAUUGUCCUAGUAUCCCUGUUCCAUCCAUGAAAUUGGUGGGGAGGGGACUGGGGGCAUCCAUUCCUUCCAGGCAUGCCCACCCCAGAAUUCUGGCUGGGAGAGGCUGGGCUGUGACCCUCCACAUACCCACCUGGUGGCACCUGCUGCAUGAACGCGCACUUCACAUAGGUAUCAGCCCAGCUCACCAUCUCCCACUAGUACAUGGCAUUUUGCGUCCUUCAUGCAUCACCUAGUUUUGCCUGUUUUGCUGCGUCCUUUCCAUUUCUGGGCUUUUGCUUGGAUAGUGUUUCCUCCAUGAAGCCUCCCUUGAUUUCCUCCAUCAAGAGCAAUCACUGGAGCAUCUUCUACUGCUCCUGCUUCUUUAUAUUGUGUUUGCCUGGUUACUGCUAGCGUCCUCAGGAGGCUGCAGUUUCUGCUGGGUGGCCCUGCUACCCCCAACACAGGGCCUGACACAGCAAGUUUGGGGGCCUCCUGCAGUUCCUUCUUUGUCCACUAGAUGACACACGAUACCUGUGUCUGGGCCCAUUGAUCCUCGAAUUCAGAGCACCCCUGUGGUCUUUCCCACCUGCAGCUGGCAAGCAGCGGGGCCUUUAGAGACGAUCCCUACCCUCUGCCCCCAAGCCUGGACAACUGAAGCCCAGAGAGGGAGAGGACCUGACUGAGGCCACACACGUUAACAGUAGAGUUCGGACUCCCAGCCUGCCACAGGCUCUUUCCGCAGUGUGGAGUAGGCUGCCCCCACACCCUGCCCCAGUUGACCCAGGCCUCCCUGCAACCCCUGCUGGGUGUCUGGCUGAGCUGAGACCCCAGGGUGGGCUGGCAGGCUGAGGAGUGUUGGGCCUCCUGCCCGCCGCUGGUGGUCACAUGCUGGCUGAAGGGCUGCCUGGCUUAGUCUCCAGUUAGAAGUUGGCCCCAGCUUGGGCAGUGUGCUGGCCACACCUCCCCAGGGAAACAGAGGCAGAAGCAGUCCACCCCAAGGUCCCAGGAUAUGGUCACCCUGACAGCAGCCCCUGCGCAAGCCCACUCAUCAGGUUAUAAAGGCUGCUUACACCCAGGGUGGCUGGUCCCUGGCGCUGGGAGGAGGAGGCAGACCCAGAGACGGAAGGGCCUUGGCCAAGGCUCUCCAGCAGGGCCAGAGGCAGGGCUGGGCUGCGCUCCAUCACUGGCUUCUGUGGGCAGCCCCUUGCCCACCUCCAGGCCAGCCCCCCGCUGAAGGAGGCAUGUGUGAGUGAAGGGAGAUGGGGACAGGGAGGCAGAGCUGUAGGUCUCUGGGACCUGUCAUGCUGACCCGAGAAGCCAACCUGUUUCCAUUUCAGGAUUGAGGUAGGGGAGGAGGGUGGGGUCCCCAUACUCCCAAGAAGGCCCAGAAGCAAAGGAGGGUCCCAGGAAGGGGCAGGGCUGAGCUGGACGCAUUCUCAGCCUGCUCUGUGGCCUGGGCCAGGUCCAUCCCUCUCUGAGUGCCCCCCCAGUUCCCUGACCACCAUCGGAGGGCCCAGGCUGGUCCAUGUGGGAGGCCCAACCUGCAGGAGCUGUUAGAAUCCUGGGAACUCAAACUCCAGCUCAAAAUCAAAAUCUCUUUAGUGCCCAGGGCCUCAGGUUCUGAGUGUAGGGAUUACACUCAGUGAGUGUAGGGACUGUUCUGGGGCAGGGAGCAUGGGGAGGUCCCGUCACUCACCCCAGAUUCAGGCCCUCAGUCCCAUUUCCCCUUUGGCCCUCUUCUGUGGCUUUCUGUGCCCCCCGCUGCCCAGUCAGCAUUCAGGGUGGGGGAAGUGACCUCUAAGAGAUCACAGGUGUCUAUAGGGUCUAUGGAGCAUGGGGUCCCUGGGAAGAACCAUCACUGACCUGGUAAAGCUCUGGACCCUGAGUCUCUGGAAGGACUGGAGGCCUGAGGGAGGCAGGGCAAGGGGAGGUUCCCUCGGCAUGGAGUCCCCUGAUGCCUCUGUCCCCUACCCCAAAGGAAGCCUGGUGAGCUGAGAUGGGGCAUGUAGAUGUGGGGAGAGGCUGGGGUGCCUGGAAGCCAGAUGGGGACAGGCCUGGGUGGAAGAGACUGGGCAGUCAUCUCUUGCUGUCUCUAUGAAGUGUUGCCAGACCUCAAACACCUGCCUAGUACAUGGCGCCCCUUGGGCUGGGAAUGGCCCUCCACCCCUACCCAGGGGAGCUGGAGAGUCUGGCCGAAGCUUCAGGGGGCUGGAAUAUCCUGGAAUUGGGGUAGGGCCAGUUUGGAAGGUCUCUGCUGUGGGCAGUGAAGGGGCAGAGAACAAGGCAGAGCCCAGCUAGGCCCCUACCCAGCCCAUCAACCUUGACCUCUGAUCCCUGACCUCCCUUCCAGGCUCUCUCCCCACUUGUCACUUUGCUGGAGCCUAAGGACCUGCAUUUGUGGACAUCUCUGUACACAUGGCCCGUGCCCUAGCUGGGAAGAUCUUCCCAAUGGGGAGCUGGCCAGUGGGACACAAAAGCCUGCACUGGGCCAACAAGGUGAAAGGAGAAGCGGCAGGUGGACGGCAAGGCCCUGGCCUCCUUGUCUCCUCCGCCCCUCUUUCCGCCCAGGACUGGGUGGAGCCACUGCCUUAUAAGUGGUGGCCUGGUGGCAGCAGAGCAAACUACAACCGGCGGCCAGCGGGACCAGAGGGACCAGAGGGCGGCUCUGCAGGCAGGCGGCAGCGGUGCCCUCAGUUCCCCAGCAUGGGCCUCUUGGCCUGGGCCAUCUGCUGGCUGCUGGGGGGCCUCCCGCUCCAUGGGGGUAGCUCUGGCCCCAGCCCCGGCCCCAGUGUGCCCCGCCUGCGGCUCUCCUACCAAGACCUCCUGUCUGCCAACCGCUCUGCCAUCUUUCUGGGCCCCCAGGGCUCCCUGAACCUCCAGGCCAUGUACCUAGAUGAGUACCGGGACCGCCUCUUUCUGGGUGGCCUGGACGCCCUCUACUCUCUGCGGCUGGGCCAGGCAUGGCCAGAUCCCCGGGAGGUCCUGUGGCCGCCGCAGCUAGGACAGAGGGAGGAGUGUGUUCGAAAGGGAAGAGAUCCUUUGACAGAGUGCGCCAACUUCGUGCGGGUGCUGCAGCCUCACAACCGGACCCACCUGCUAGCCUGUGGCACUGGGGCGUUCCAGCCCACCUGCGCGCUCAUCACAGUGGGCCACCGUGGAGAACAUGUGCUCUACCUGGAGUCUGGCAGCGUAGAAAGCGGCCGGGGGCGGUGCCCUCACGAGCCCAGCCGUCCCUUUGCCAGCACCUUCGUAGACGGGGAGCUGUACACGGGUCUCACUGCUGACUUCCUGGGGCGAGAGGCCAUGAUCUUCCGAAGUGGAGGUCCUCGGCCAGCUCUGCGUUCCGACUCUGACCAGAGCCUCUUGCACGACCCUCGGUUUGUGAUGGCCGCCCGGAUCCCUGAGAACUCUGACCAGGACAAUGACAAGGUGUACUUCUUCUUCUCGGAGACGGCCCCCUCGCCCGAUGGUGGCUCGAACCAUGUCACUGUCAGCCGCGUGGGCCGUGUCUGCGUGAAUGAUGCUGGGGGCCAGCGGGUGCUGGUGAACAAAUGGAGCACUUUCCUCAAGGCCAGGCUGGUCUGCUCCGUGCCCGGCCCUGGCGGUGCCGAGACCCACUUUGACCAGCUAGAGGAUGUGUUCCUGCUGUGGCCCAAGGCUGGGAAGAGCCUCGAGGUGUAUGCGCUGUUCAGCACCGUCAGUGCCGUGUUCCAGGGCUUCGCCAUCUGUGUGUACCACAUGGCAGACAUCUGGGAGGUCUUCAAUGGGCCCUUUGCCCACCGAGAUGGGCCUCAGCACCAAUGGGGGCCCUAUGGGGGCAAGGUGCCCUUCCCUCGCCCCGGCGUGUGCCCCAGCAAGAUGACCGCACAGCCAGGACGGCCUUUUGGCAGCACCAAGGACUACCCAGAUGAGGUGCUGCAGUUUGCCCGAGCCCACCCCCUCAUGUUCUGGCCUGUGAGGCCUCGGCAUGGCCGCCCUGUCCUUGUCAAGACCCAUCUGGCCCAGCACCUGCACCAGAUCGUGGUGGACCGCGUGGAGGCAGAAGAUGGGACCUACGAUGUCAUCUUCCUGGGGACUGACUCAGGCUCCGUGCUUAAAGUCAUCGCCCUCCAGGCAGGGGGCUCAGCUGAACCCGAGGAAGUGGUUCUGGAGGAGCUCCAGGUGUUUAAGGUGCCAACACCUAUCACUGAAAUGGAGAUCUCUGUCAAAAGGCAAAUGCUAUACGUGGGCUCUCGGCUGGGUGUGGCCCAGCUGCGGCUGCACCAAUGUGAGACUUACGGCACUGCCUGUGCAGAGUGCUGCUUGGCUCGGGACCCAUACUGUGCCUGGGACGGUGCCUCCUGUACCCACUACCGCCCCAGCCUUGGCAAGCGCCGGUUCCGCCGGCAGGACAUCCGGCACGGCAACCCUGCCCUGCAGUGCCUGAGCCAGAACCAGGAAGAAGAGGCAGUGGGACUUGUGGCGGCCACCACGGUCUACGGCACGGAGCACAACAGCACCUUCCUGGAGUGCCUGCCCAAGUCUCCCCAGGCUGCUGUGCGCUGGCUCUUGCAGAGGCCAGGGGAUGAGGGGCCUGACCAGGUGAAGACGGACGAGCGAGUCUUGCACACGGAGCGGGGGCUGCUGUUCCGCAGGCUCAGCCGUUUCGAUGCGGGCACCUACACCUGCACCACUCUGGAGCAUGGCUUCUCCCAGACUGUGGUCCGCCUGGCUCUGGUGGUGAUUGUGGCCUCACAGCUGGACAACCUGUUCCCUCCGGAGCCAAAGCCAGAGGAGCCCCCAGCCCGGGGAGGCCUGGCUUCCACCCCACCCAAGGCCUGGUACAAGGACAUCCUGCAGCUCAUUGGCUUCGCCAACCUGCCCCGGGUGGAUGAGUACUGUGAGCGCGUGUGGUGCAGGGGCACCACGGAAUGCUCAGGCUCCUUCCGGAGCCGGAGCCGGGGCAAGCAGGCCAAGGGCAAGAGCUGGGCAGGGCUGGAGCUAGGCAAGAAGAUGAAGAGCCGGAUGCAUGCUGAGCACAAUCGGACGCCCCGGGAGGUGGAGGCCAAGUAGAAGGGGGCAGAGGAGGGGUGGUUAGGAUGGGCUGGGGGGCCCACUAGCAGCCCCCAGCAUCUCCCACCCACCCAGCUAGGGCAGAGGGGUCAGGAUGUCUGUUUGCCUCUUAGAGACAGGUGUCUCUGCCCCCACACCGCUACUGGGCCAUCUGCAGAAAAGACUGGGGUCUAAUGGAGGGGCUGGGUUCUUGAGGGCUGGGUUCUUGAGGCCUGUUCCCUGCCCCUCUCUGUGCUCUUAGACCCAGCUGGAGCCAGCACCCUCUGGCUGCUGGCAGCCCCAAGGGAUCUGCCAUUUGUUCUCAGAGAUGGCCUGGCUUCCGGAGCACAUUUCCGGGUGUGCCCAGAGGCAAGAGGGUUGGGUGGUUCUUUCCCAGCCUACAGAACAAUGGCCAUUCUGAGUGACCCUCGGAGUGGGUGUGUGGGUGGGUCUAGUGGGUAUCCCAGUAGGGGGCCUGCAGGGAGCCAGAAGAGGGUGGAAAUGGCCUCUAAGCUAGCACCCUGUAAGAAGAGCCUACCUGACCGACUUGGGGAGGGAACACAGAGGUGUUGGGAAGGUGGAGCAACAAUGCACCUCCCCUCCUGUCACGCCGUGAUAUCCUGGUGGCUCCCUGCCACUGCCCACCGCCUCUUCUCCAUCUGAGAAUCACGGAGAGGUGUAGAUAAUCUAGAGGCAUAGACUGCUAGAGCCCCCGGGGAUCUGGGGUGGUCAGGGCUCAGGCUUCACUUUGUAAACCAGGUGGGGGCAUCUCACAGCCUGACUUCCCUUCCCCAGGCCAGGGUUGCUGGGAUGCCUGCCCCUCCUGAGAGGACCCCCUCCCCACUGUCAGGCUCUCCAUGUCCACGAGCGGGGAGGGGUGGGUUCUGGGGCAUUGUUGUCCUUUGUGUCUGUGGACUAGAGAUAGGGCGGGGGAGCUGGGGAAGGGUGCAGGCGGGAAGAGUGGGCUGUCUUUCCUAGGGUGAUGCAAGCAUGCCACAGCCCUGGAGGCUGGGAAUGUGGAGGCUCUGUGAGCCCUGCAGCCCUCAGAAUCAGGGCCAGGGAUGCAGAAGAUUGAGAGGAUAUGGAGAUGGAGAGAGGGCAAGAGACCCUUAGGAUAGACUGUGGGACCCAGGCAGGAACGGGUGUCCACAAGAACUCAGGAUGGCAUCAGUUAGCUCAGAAGCCAUCUGGAAGACCCAGUGUUUCCAUCUCUGGAAUCUCUAUUUUAUGCUAAAUGGAUUUAGGAAGACUGUUUUUCUUUUAAGGGGGAAACAAGGUAGAGAAAAAAACGAAGUGUAAGUCCUGCUGAUUCUUGGGGGUAAGGCUCGGAUGGCAAGGACGCAUUCUGCCUGGGCAUGUAGGGGAGGUGUUUUUGCCAUCAGCAGUUUCUCAGGCUGGGGACCACAGAGGGGAGGAGGAGGACUAAAUGAAAAGUUGUUCCCAGCCUGCACAUGAACACAUUCAUGACGCACAAAACUGACUGGAAGGAGAUAAGAGCACUGGGUUUGAGAUUCCCUCCAUUAAAACAACCAAGACAAAGAAAGGAGGGGAAAAAAAGAUAAAAAGCAAGCCAGGGUUCCCUGCCCCACUGAAACUCAAACCCAGACUGCCUUGGGUUUUAUCUUUCCCUUACCCCUGGCACCUCCAGAGAACUGGGACCUGAAAUUGUCCCUCCUUUCUCCCCUUAGACCAUGUAAUAAAUGAACCAGAAGCACUGAGAUUAACCUAUCAACGCCCUGAGAAGCCUUCCGGCCUGCGGUGCUGUCUGCUGGGAGGUCAGCUGGUCAAGGCAGAGGAGGAGAGGAGGAAAGGAUGGGGGCUGAAGAGCAGAAGGGAGGGGAGACAGAGGGGAUUAAAGAGAGGAGGAGAGAGUGCAGAGCUCCAGGAAAGGGUAUCAGAGCUGCAGCCAGCUCUGCCCUCUACCCUAGGGAAGCCAGAAAGACACAAACAGCCCUCUGGGCCUUUACGCUGGACUCUGGCUUGGCAGGCUCCAGGCAGGGUCCUCUGGGAAGUUACUCUAGAAAACGAAGGGAGGAGGAGCACAAGAUCCUCAGCAACGAACACCUGCACUUAGAAAAAGUGGACAGCUUCUGCCAACCACACCCUACCCAUGGUACUGUAUGCUACUAACUCCUGGAAACGCCCUGUAAAUGCGAGUUGUUUUUGUAUUUGUAUGUUGAGAUGGGCCUUGUGGUUUCUCUGUUCUCAGAGCACAUUUCUUGUAAUUACUGUUGUUAUUUUUAUUGUCAUGACUGCCCCUGAGCUCUGGUGAGAAAAGCUGAAUUUACAAGGAAAGGGAUGAAGUUAAUAUUUGUAUCACAUAAUUAUAUCGUUACUGUGUA